AUGAACAAGCGAGCGCGCUGCGGCGUGGCCCUGGACGUGGGCAUCAUCUUGGAGAAGGUCGUCAUGUGCAUGAGGUCGCCGCAGGAUGUACGUGCGUUCCUCGAGGCGCUGCCCGUAGCGAUGCUUCCGCCGACGCUGGCCGCGCUCCUCGCGCUACUGCGCCUCCCAGCCGGCAACGCGAUGUGGCCGAUCGCACCGCUCUGCAUCAUGGCGCGCGUUGCACCCAAGCUCGCUCUCGCCGCGUCGCGCCUGUACACAUCAGCCUCGCUUGACAUUACCUUCGAAGAUCAUGUGGUCGCCUCGCACGACUCCGUCGGAUACGCGCACCCGUUCUGCGCCUUUGUCGCCCAAUGGGCCGGUACCAUCCACACCAUGAAGCUCCUUGGUCACCGGCGCAUCAGCGACGCGUUCUAUGAAGAGCUCUCGAGUGUGCUCCGGCGCUGCACAAAGCUCGCCGCCGUUCGCCUCUGCAACAAUCUCUCGGUGCUCUCGGCGGUCACCACCGCAGCGCAUACAGUGCAGACGUUGAGCCUCAACUAUGGCCCGUUUCCCCGUUUUGACGGUGGCAACGCAAAGCACGUUGCAUCGUGGCUCAAUUCAGGACAUGCGCGCCAGCUAACGCUCAUGGAGACGCCAUGGGCUCAUCCCGACCUCGCAGCUGCUCUCGCUUCGACGACGACGCUGUCGAGCCUCAGCUUGAUCCACUGCAAUUCCGUGCUUGGUAGCUUGGCUCUGUCUCGGUCCAUCUCAAGCCUGACGGUCGUCUUUACGGGCCCCGUCUUCAACGACCGUGUCCCGCUGCUGCAUUGGCGCCACUUGACGACGCUCACGUUGCAUGGCGACGGCGGCCGCGUCCCAAACUUGGUGCCAGCGCUUUCAUCGAUGGUGGCGCUGAAGAGUCUUCGGCUCUCGCGGAUGCAUCUGCAGGGUCUGGCCCAGGCGGCCCAAUACCCCGAUCUGCGCGCCAUCACUCUGGACAACUUGACCUUCUCUGACGACGGCUUUCGGGCAAUCGUCGGCGUAACGACGUGCUCGGACCGCCUCGAAUCCAUCAAAUGGACAGUGUGCGCUCAUGGCCGGACGAUGGACCUCGUCGACGCCGCUUUGGGUCGCUGGCUCCAAAGCGGUGUCCGGCGCGUGGUUUUCGUGGCUGGCGCAUCAUCCUUGCGAACGCCGAGACGCUGGUAUCGUCUCUGCGCGGCACCCAACGGAGCGACAAGCAAAGCGCCCAUGUGA